AUGACUGACUUUCAACUUACCCAACUGCAGCGGGCAAAGGCUUCGUCCCAUUUAUGCAUCCUAGUAGCACUUGAUAAAGAUAUUGAUUACAGUAAAUUCCUAUGUAGUGUUCCAAGGCUCCGUGAAAUGAUGGAUUUGUUUGGUAUAGAACACAAGAGCCUGGGCUCAAAGACAAAGAAAGACGAGGUAGUCAAACACUACAGAAAGUACGCCGCUCCAACAAUCGACGAAUUACUCCUUCACCUACAGAAGCACGCCACUUCCGACUCCCCAUUAGCGGAACCCACGGCCUCUUCACCUUCAACGUCAGACGGAGAUAUAGAUAUGAACGGAGAGUCCGCCUUGGGGGUUCCUUCCUCUUCAACGCGGCUGCGCUCCAGGCCAAAGCCUGAGUCCACCAACUCAACACCUACUUCCUCCACUGAUAACCUUGAAACAACGGGCAACUUGAAAAACUUAAAGUCAAAGUCAAAGGUCAAUGACCUUCGUGUAGGUCUGAAGAACAGUGUGGAUAAGAUGGUUUCUCGCGGAUUCAACAAAAGCGCCCUGGUCAAACUUCGAAAGCAUGUCAAUAAUAAACGUAACCAGGGCCCACGCCCAUCAAUUACUCCAGGAAACAUCCGUCGACCUCAUGUACUUAAAUUAGAAGAGAUUCAAACAAAGGAUCGUGACGCCAUACGACAAGCCUUACAAAUUCUCUGUCCUCAAGUAUGGAUUCCCACCAGUGUAGUUGUCAGUCGUCCAAUGCUAGUGGCUAUUUACAACCUUUUCCUCUGUGAAGGGGAGGAGCCAGAUUUGUGUCAAGGAGUACACUUUGACAUCAUCCCCAUGGAUGAGCUUAACUUUGACGGUUACAUCAGUUUUUGA